CUCGCCACCGUCGGACUCCGAUACAAUACAUUUUAACUUUGCAUUACGCCGAUCGUUCAAUAUUCAAUGUUCGCCCGUUCAGUGCGGUUGCCCUCCCUCAGACGUUCCGGGCACCUUCCUGUUUACAAUAUUGGUCGCCCAGGCGCUGAGAAGUAUAGGUCGUUCCUCAACAUAUUUCGGAAUCCAAAGCCUAAGCCCGAGCCACUUCCUGUCCUCAGUGACAACGACCUGUUUCAUCCUUUCUCGAAGUCGCCUUUUCCUGAAGUCCGUGCAAGAGGAGAAGCAAUUCAGUCCCUUGCUUUGUGCAGUGUCUGUACUUCCCACCCGAAGCACGCUGGAGAGCUGCCAUCGCGGGUAAAAUUCGAGUGUCCGGAUUGCGGGUGGCCGUCACAUUGCUCGGAGGAACACUGGCAAGUGGACAAAGAACACAAGAAAUAUUGUUCACGUCUACGGGAAGUGAACGAAGAUGAGCAUGACCUUAGGAGGGGGAGAAAGAUGCGGGAAUUUCAAUUGCCAGGGCCGCAGGCGUACGAGGAAGCAAUUUCCUUUGCCAAUUGGGACUUAUUCUGGUACACUCGCGGCUUCCCGUCCAUGGACACCGAAAGAUCGAGGAGGCAUGCUAGCAAGUUACUUACCUACCCUCUCACUAUAGGGUCUGUGCUCCAUCAAAACAGUGGAUUAACACUCAACAACCGCCGUGUCACACUUGAAGGCAGCAGGUCUUUGGCUGCGUUGCGUACAACACUUCAUGUGCCACCCGGAGCUCCUGACACAGAGGAGGCAGGGGCUGCUAAACCUCAAAUAAGGGUUUUCAUCCUCGGUGCACGCGCAGAAUCCUCAUUGCCUCCUCAUGUUUGGGAGCAACUCUCCAUGCUGUUCCCCUCAUGCCAUUUUCACCUUUUUUUCAUUGGACCUCAAGUUUCGCUUCCAAAACCAGCGGAUGAAGCUGUUGCCCGGAAUGCCAAGUCCUCGGCGAGCGGUACAGCUGAGCUGCGUGGGGAGUGCAACGAGUCACACUCCCUAUACGUUCCAAAUAUUUACGUGCCCCCGACACCAAAGCCAAUAGCACGGCUCAAACGUACCCGUUCCUCCAUCCAGCUCUACGGAUUUCCGUCUUACACAAUUCCCUACACUUCGCAACUCACGAUCACGGGAAUUCAAGCAAAUUACGCAGAGGUUCACCAGCACUUUGCAGAGACGUUCGACCCAUACGCCGAUGUUUUCUUCAUCUUUUCACCAGGAUUUGGAUUCCCCUCCAUGAGGUCAAUGUCACAACUCGAUGGUACACCUCUUCUGCAGAUUGCAUCGCCUACAGAGUGGGGUCCAGUUGUUCCUGUGCUUUUGACAAGUCGUUGCAGUAUCAUCGUCACCGGUUUUUCGCCAGCAGACAUGGAAAGAGAUGUUCGCUCCUUGGAAAUAGCUCCAAAUGUUGCAGGAGAAUUCGAAUGGGUGAUAAAUCCUGGCAUAAAUGUGUUUGGAAGUGAAAAGUGGGAGGUUGCAGACUUUGAUCCUAGGGUCAUGGUGAAGGCAAAUUGGGGGUUGUGGGCAAUUCGGGGCAAGGGGAGACAGAUUAGGAAAGGAGAUCAGUAAUCAGUUGCUUAUGUUGAUUUUCAAUAUGGAGUGAAGGGAAGUAAAGUUAUGAGUAAUUGGUGACCAGGUUGGUAUAUCCUACAUCUAUGCCCCACCUGCAUCUGAGCCCUGAUGUCACAUAUGUGACUCUUGGAUUCAAGCUUGGUCCAGUCUGGACCCCUAGCCCCUGUCUCUGUUCAAGUCUGGACCUACUCCAGCUUAAAUCAUUCAACUCUGG